AUGCCUCUCGUGCGACCGGCCCUCUCCGGCUCUUUGAGCGCGCGCGCCCGCCUGGCGACAUGCCUCCCUCGCGCCUCGCCCAUUGCGGCCCUUUCGACCUCAUCUGUGAAAUCCGCCACUGCCAUUGAGCAGCAAUCGACAUCAGGCAAGGGCCUGACUGCCUCUGGCAAGGCCCGCCAGGAGGUUCCUCUCCUCACCCAGGAGCCCAAGAAGGGUGCUAUGCAAUAUGUCUUGACCACCCUCGAUCAAGUUACCAACUGGGCCCGUCAAUCAUCCCUGUGGCCCAUGACCUUCGGUCUCGCCUGCUGCGCCGUCGAGAUGAUGCACCUUUCCACCCCCCGCUACGAUCAAGAUCGCUUGGGUAUCAUUUUCCUCUACGAUCAGAUGCCCGAGCCCCGAUGGGUCGUCUCCAUGGGAAGUUGUGCCAACGGUGGUGGUUACUACCACUACAGUUACUCCGUUGUUCGCGGUUGCGAUCGUAUUGUGCCCGUUGAUGUUUACGUUCCUGGAUGCCCUCCUACCUCCGAGGCUCUGAUGUACGGUAUCUUCCAGCUCCAGAAGAAGAUGCGCCACACUCGCAUCACCCGCAUGUGGUACCGCCGUUAA